UCUGGCAUCAGGGAAAUGUUUGGGUUCAUCCCUGGGUCAAGGGAGUUCAGCACAAGCAAAGGCUGGAGGUGGUCUGGGGUCUGGCUGGGGCUGUGGUGUUAUAAAGAGUGCAAGACCCUCCCUGGUGCCCUGCAGCUCCCUCUGUUCCAGGCACAGGACCAGGAUGGGACGGCGUCACCAAAGGGGAUGGAGGGUGGCACUGGGUACAGGACCCUGGUGGCACUAUCCCUCCCUGGCACCAGCCAGGUGCAGGGUGACAGUUCCCCACGUCAGGGAGCUGUACAGCAGAUGGCACCCCUUUGUUUGGGAUGUUAAUUAGCCUAAUGGGGCUCUGAGCAGCGGCCGGAGCCGGAGCCGGCCAGCGCUGACCUUCAGCCCCUUUGUGCCAGCCCAGCAGCGGGGCCCACGGGCAAUUAUGGCCUCAUUAGUGCCAGGCACCCCAUCCAGUGAGUCCCCUCACAAUGGGGAGCUGCAAAUGAGGGGAAAGGCCUGGAUGGUCUCCGGGCUACCGGCCACAGCGCUCCCACGUCUCCCAGAGACCGGCUGCUCCCUCUGCCCCAGUGGUAUUUUUGGCAGCACUAUUGUGCCGGGCGCUAUAAAGUGGCGGUGGCAGUGCAGGGGCUGCGCUGUCGCCUGCCUGAUGGGACAUGCCCCAGAGCCGCUCGGCCACCUGAAGACCCCAGGAAGGAUGGAGGUGCCCAACACCAAGCCCCGGCGAGCUGCCUGCCUCCUGCUCCUGCUCCUGUUCUGCUCCCUGGCUGCCGCCCGGCAGACCCUGCCCCACUGCUGCCGCCAGAAGACCUGCUCCUGCCGUGUCUACGACCUCCUGCACGGCAUGGGCAACCACGCCGCUGGCAUCCUCACGCUGGGCAAGAGGAAGAGCGUCCCCCUGGCCUUCCAGAGCCGGCUCUACCGCCUGCUCCAUGGCUCCGGCAACCACGCCGCGGGCAUCCUCACAAUGGGCAAGCGAGGGCAGCACCCGGGCGCCUCCUGCCCCGACGCGCUGGGCUGCCCUGCGGGCACGGUCGCCCAGCCGACAGCAGCGGUGCCGCGGGGUGCUGACACCAGCCCCGACGGCCCCAGGGAGUGCCAGGGACACUCAGGGAAGGACCUGAGCACGAGCCAGGCCCCGGGAGCCGCAAGGAGCUUUUACUGACCGGGAUGGGGGCAGCGGGACAGAGAGGGGAUCCCCGGCGGGAUGGACUCCGGGGACACACAGCCGGAGCUCCGUGUAAAUAGCACUUUUAGAUACCUCCUCCCAGCCCUGGCCCUGGCCCAGCCUGCUCAGGGCACCGCGGGCACCGCGGCCUUUUACAAUAAAUGGU